UUACUGCCGGGCCGGAGGCCGGGCGGCUGCACACGCGCCUCCUCCGCCUCCGCCUCGUCGCCGCCUCCUCCGCGCUCCGGGCAGCGGUGGCCGGCGCUGGGCGGCCUUGGUGAGGGCUGCGCUCCCGUCCCGGCCGGCGGUGCCCAUGGCGUAGCUGUGCUGCUGCGCGCCUGCCCCGCGCGACGCGGCGUGGACAGACCUGCCGCCGGGCAAUUAAAAGUCCAGAAGAUCUGAUUUCAAAGCUCACCACAAAUUUCAAAGAAAGUAAAUCUACAUGAGGAAUCACAAAGCAAGUUGAUUUGAGAAGAUACAGCAUUUACAAAAAUGUCAAGUUGUGUGACUUCAGUGUUUGCUUUGAUGGUUUUGUGCUUUGCAGCUGCAGGUCCUGUGCCUCAGAGGGAAUGUGUCUUAUCGCCUGUUAACAAUUCGCACCCAGUCCAUGCCUUGUUGGAAAGCUUUACAGUCUUAUCUGGCUGUGCAAGCCGGGGCACGACGAGCCUGCCCCAAGAGGUGCACGUCCUCAAUCUCAGAAACCCCAAGGAGGGUCUUGGCCAUCAUGAAAGAGAGGUCACAUUACAUUUGAAUCCAAUUUCAUCAGUGCAUAUUCAUCAGAAGCCUCUGGUGUUUCUUCUCAACUCUCCUAUGCCUUUGGUCUGGAAGCUAAAAACAGAAAGACUGGCACCUGGAAUCCGAAGAGUUUUCUUUGUGUCUUUAGGUUCCGUCGUUCAGUUUGAGAAGGGAAACUUCUCCUUGUCAGCAGAAACAGAAGAAAAGUUUUUUCCUGAGAAAAAUGAACAACUGCUACAGUGGGCCCAGAAGGAAUAUGGAGCAGUAACAUCUUUCACUGAACUUAAAAUAUCAAGAAACAUCUAUAUUAAAGUAGGAGAAGAUCAAGUUUUUCCUCCCUCGUGCAACAUAAAAAAGAAUUUCCUCUCAUUAAAUUACCUUGCGGGCUACCUACAACCAAAACCAGCAGAGGGGUGCCUUAUGUCUAACUUAGUCCAAGAAAGAGAAGUUCAUAUCAUUGAACUAAGUACUCCAAAUUCCAAUCCUAACAGUGCUCUCCAGGUGGAUAUAAUCGUUGACAUUAAACCAUCUCAGCCAGGCGCCAGACUUGUCAGAGAUGUCGUGCUUAUCCUCAAGUGCAGAAAGUCUGUCAAUUGGGUUAUCAAGUCUCAUGAUGUCCAGGGAAAGCUGGAAGUGAUUACAUCAAAUAGUAUAGGUUUUGGAAAAGAAACAGAACGAUCCAUGACUAUGAGUAAAUCAGUAAUACCUGACCUUCCCUCAUCGCAUGAGAGUUUGAUCAAGUGGGCUUAUGAGCAUAAUUAUAGUCCAGUUAUUUCCUACACAAAAGCACCUGUUGCUAACAGAUUUCAUCUGCAACUUGAAGAUAUAGAAGAGAUGAAUGAUGAAGAAGACCAUUCCCUUCCUCCAGAGCUGACAGAAUUGCUGGGUGCUAACCCACUGCCAGCUCCAAAGAAUACCGAUGGCCUGACUUUUCCAUUUCACAUUAACAGAGGAAGACAUGACACAGUGGGAGAAGAAAUCUUCCCAUCCAGGCAUUCAGUAGAUACAUUAAUAAACCAUGACUUCGGGCAUUCCCUCUCAAAACAUAAAGAGCCUGAAGAAGUUCAGGGCAGUGCUGAUAUGGCCCUGUCAAUAAAAUGUGAUGACAAAAUUAUGACAGUAGCUGUAGAAAAAGAUUCUCUACAGGCCGGCGGCCACGCCCGCACGGAGCUCUCGCUGCUGGACCACUCCUGCAAAGCCAGGAUGAACGGCACCCACUUCAUCUUGGAAUCUUCGCUCAACAAAUGUGGCACUCGGACAGCGUAUAUCUUGAACAAGAUUGUUUAUUUUAACUCUAUUGUCAUUCAGCUGUCAGCACCAGCUGAAGGCAGUGGUUUUGAAGAUGACGACAUGGAAUCAGGUGAUAAUGGAUUUCCAGGGGAUGCUGAUGAGGGAGAGAUGGCUUUCUCAAGCUGGCCUGAAAUAGCGUUUAAUUGCACACUGCACCAGCCAGAGGAUGACAGAGGCAUUUUCUGGCCUCCUGAACCACACAUCACCAAUGUGACCUUCAACAUGGACCUGUACAAAACAGAUUUGUUCCUUGCUCCCUCCCAAGGACUCUUCUCUGUUUCCAAGAAUGGGCCAGUAUAUGUAGAGGUGUCUGUGACUAAAGCUGACAGAUCGCUAGGCUUUGCCAUUCAAACGUGCUUUGUUUCCCCGUUUUCAAAUCCAGAUAGAAUGUCUGACUAUACCAUUAUAGAAAACAUUUGUCCUAAAGAUGAAUCUGUUAAAUUCUACAGUAUUGAGAAAAAGAAUUUUCCAAUAUCACAUGCACAGAAGGACAGAAAAAGAUUUAGCUUUGUGUUCAAACCAAUGUUCAACAUCUCACUGCUCUUUCUUCACUGUGAGUUGACUUUGUGUGCAAAUAAAGGCAAAGAUACUCAAGGACUGCCAAAGUGCAUUCCUCCUGAUGAAGCUUGCACCUCUCUCAAUGUGGAUAUGAUCUUGGCCAUGAUGCACAACAAGAAAACCUUCACCAAGCCCCUUGUUGUAAUAACACAUGAAGGAAAACAAGAAGAUCCUUCCUUUCCAAAGCCAAAUGUGAGACAGCUACCCGCGCUGUACGGGCUGGACACGCUGACGGUGGUGGGCAUCGCCUUCGCGGCGUUCGUGAUCGGAGCCCUGCUGACCGGAGCGCUCUGGUUCAUCUACUCACGCACAGGGGAGACAUCAGGAAGACAGCAGGUCCCUACGUCACCACCAGCCUCCGAGAACAGCAGUGCAGCGCACAGCAUUGGCAGCACACAGAGCACCCCCUGCUCCAGCAGCAGUGCCACCUAGCCCGGGGACACAGCCGAGGAGCAGCACAGGACUGUGUUGUGGGGACAUCGGACAGCAGCUUCUUAACGUUGAAAGGAUUGGUUUGGUUGCUUCUGAAAAAAAUUAGGAGGGAUUUUUCUAUGGGGAAAAAAAAAAAAAAAAAGACUGAUUUUCUUUGGGGAAGCCACUGUGUGUGUGAGUGUGUAUAUGAGCACACAAUGCAUGAGUGAACACAGCCUGUUGGAUCUUGUUAGCACGUUGUUCUACAUGUGACAAAGCUACUAAUUUUACAGUACUGCAACCUGUUCUAGGGGUCUGUGGGCCCUCAAUGUGAAAUCUAUGCCAGUUUGGAAAAAUGCUGCUUUGUCUAUACGAUUUUUUCCUUUCCCUGAACCUUCUCAUUGACACAAGGUAUUCAUUAAGGGAAUUCAGUCAUAGAAUCACAGAAUGGUUUGGGCUGGAAGGGAUCUUAAAGAUCAUCUAGUUCUAACCCUCUGCCGUGGGCAGGGACACCUUCCACUAGACCAGGUUGCUCAAGCUCCAUCCAAUGUGCCUUUGAAUACUUCUAGAGAUGGGAUAUCCCAACGUCUCUGGGCAAUCUGUUCAGUUCCUCACCACCCUCAUAGUAAAGAGUUUUUUCCUAAUAUCUAAUUCAAAUCUGCCCUAUUUCAGUUUAAAGCCGUUACUCCUUGUCCUAUCACUACAUAAGAUAAGAAGAACAAAGAUGAUUAUAAGUCAAAGGAUUUCUCUUUUUCUGAGCAAGAAAACAUCAAUGUCAGAUCUCCUUGGUAAAUAACAUUUUAUUAUUCAGCUACAUUUAUCCUCUUUUGAAUAAUCUUUGUUUUUUCAGCUUACAGCUAGAGCAUCUCAUUUGCUUUCUUAUUGUGCUUGCAGCUUCAGGUUUGGUCCAGGUAUUUUUGUUAUAAUAGUCAUUGAUUUGGUGAUUUGAAAAGAGCACACUCUAACAUUCCCUCUUGUUUUAUGGGCCAAAGCUCUUUUAUAAGAGAUUUUUUGAUCUUCUAUACCAAAUACAGGCACACACAAACAUUAAGACAAAAUCUUGUGCACUAAAUGGAUGGGUGUGUACCUUUAAGGGCAAUGUCUUUAUGCAAAUAGAUACAUAUAUCGAGGUAUACACAGCCUAACUACCAAUUGGAAAUUAGCACAGCAUUCCUUCCUUACAUAAACAUAUAAUCCAUAAAUAUAGAUAAACUGAAAAUACAGUUUUAAAUUUUAUAUAUAUAAUAGGUAGAUAGGUGAGAGAAAGAGGUUGAUUUGAUUCCAAUCUUUUAGCUAGCCUAAAUUCUCUUUGAAAUAAGAGAUGAGUUUAAGGGCACAAGGACAAUAGUGCCUGUUGUUUGCUGUCCUCUGAAAAUAGUUGUGCAGUUGUUUGUGUCAAACUGUUGUAUGAACGUUAUGAUUGGAUAGUCCAAAAGUAGUAUCAGAAUAUGGAAAUGCAAGAAGGAUACUAAUUGUCACUAUUUUUAGUGUCAUUGCCUUAUCUUCACCUUCGAAUUGAUGCACAACAAAAAGCAAGAAAAGACACUUUUAACACUUUUGACUGUUACUUGCCACUUUGUAAUGUGUUCUACUGAUCCUUCUUUGAGGAAGAGAGAGCAUUGUUUUCGUCUAAAAAUGGGAUUAAUAACUUUCAUUAGCUGUAGUGAAGGUUACCUGUGUUCUGCAAAAGAGGAAGGGACUUCACUACACUUGAGUGAUAGUCUGCCCAGAAGUCUGAGCUGCAGAUUUCUUGCUGAUUCUACACUUGUGCCUUGCUGAUGCCAGGAUGGUCCAAGUGCAACAUAUGCAAAGAUUUAAGUGCCCAGGAUCAGGCAGAGUGUUACUCACUUUAAAUCAAAUCUGUUACCAAUCCUGCAAACCUAUGCAAAUGGGGAACUGCAUGCUUUGUCCUCACUAUCGGAAACACGUGCUCGACACUGAACCAGGGCUGGUCUCAGUGUCUGUGCAGGCAGGGGAGCCUUAGAGUUACACAUGCAAAAAUAUUUGAUGUUACAGGCCAGUGAGCAGUCCUGGUGCUGUGGACAGGGUGUCGUGUAGGCGUGGUUACCCCCGUGCAGAAGGGUGUGCAGGACUAGCUCUGCUCCGAGCCGUAGGGAGGAUGAAUGUGCUGCCUGUGUGGUUGAAAAGAAAGCGCUUUGCCUAACCUUCAGCAGAAUGUAUUGUUAAAGCAUAUUCUAUGUGUAAAGUCUUUAAAGAUGUCUUCAAAGAAGACUAGAGUCUUUAACUUCAAUCAUAGCUAUAUUUUACUACAUUAAAUUUCUGUAUAAAGAUAUAUUUAAAUGUUUUAGAUAAAUGUAAGUUACUCUAUAUGAAAUGUUUAAUUUCAAUUACUGUGAAAUUUACAUAUUUUGUAAAUUCCUUUCCCCAUUUUAACCCUUUCCUUCCUCAAAUAUUUUAUUAAGUAGUUUCUCAUAGGAAGUAUUAGAUUUGGUUGUUGGGAUGGACAGGUUGAAAAAUUCUGUGUAAAAUAGAUAAUUGUAUAUUUUUGAGAGAAACAUGCUGCAUUAUCAAUUUUUUAUCAAAAAAUUAAUCUAAUUUUAGAAUAAUUUACAGAUUUAUAUAUACCAUUGGAUAAACCAAAAAUAUAUAAAGUCAAAGAUUUGAUUUGUUGACUUGUGUGUGAAAUACAGUUUAAAUUAACUGAACUUGAUAUAUUCAGCUAUUUAAUUCAGCAAUUUUAAUACACCUGAGUUAAUUGUCUGUUGGAGUUUACCAAAAUAGCACAUGAUGGCUUAGCAGAUGGAAGAGUCAUUUUUGCUUCAAUAAAGAGAGAGAACCAAACCCAGGCAUUCCCAGUGAAUAACCUUAAUAACAGAAGUGUGUUUGCAGCAGCUGUUGAGCUGCCCUCAGCUCAGAGCCUGAUACAUCUCUAGGCUCUGGUUUUAUAGCAGCCAUUUGUCACCACUGCCAGUCUCUGUGUGUGGUGUGGCAGCUCCUGAAUGUGUGACUGCUGAGGCACCGAUUCCCACCUCUGCCCCACGGGGUUUCACCGCGCUGGACUCACAUGGCAGAGCCCUGUGGGGGCCGGAAGGCCAGGGAGACUCUCCUGUGCCAGCAGAGGGUGUUAAAGCAGGGGUUUGGAUGGAUGGAGUCAGUGGUUAAUUUCAGCAUGAUGGAAUCAAGUGCAAAGGAACUUAUGUUAGAUUGGGAGGAUUGGGCUUAAAAUGGACACCUUCUGCCUGUAAAAGCUAUUAGUAGGAUACUUAAACUCCCAAGUACUGCUUGUUCUGUCAUGUGUCGUCUAAUCACUAACUCUAAUCUUUUACAUUAUUUGGUUUUGGACAUUAUUACAUUUGUGUUUCAAGAGAUCAAAUCUUCUGUGUUAGGCUAUUUUUGUAGCAUUUCCCACAUGAAAAUGUAUUUUGCAAAAUGUCUGUAGAUGCUGAUGAUUGUAACUUUCCCCCUGCUCUUUCCUAACCAUUCCUCUCGUGUAUGUUCUUUCUGUUAUGUAUAUCUACCUCAUGCUUCACAAGAAGACUGUACUGUUGGUUGUGCUACAGCCCUUCAUGUGAGGUGACUGUUGUGCCCUGUUGUUGUUUGCCAUUCAUUGGGACAUUCAUAGCGUUAUCAGAUCUUCGCUGCCAUGUCCUGCCAGUUCCAAACACAAUAUUCUCACCUUUAAAUAAAUAAGUAUAUUUCUUUUAAAUGCAAAUGCCAGAUUUUUUUUUAAUCAAAGAAUGGGAGAAAUUUACUUGCUAAAACCUGUGGCCAGUCUGAACACCCCAUUUGUAUUUCGUAUUGCAUUCAGUAUUUCAGAGCCUUGUGGAAAUGCAUAGUUGUACAGUUUUGAUAACCACAGUGUCAUGUCAUCUUAGUCUCUUGUGCAUAAUAAAGUAUAUAUCAAUUUAUUAAUAA